CUCACAUUUUUGUGAUAAAUCGCUCGGAGCUCAAUUCCAGCCAAAGGCAUUGCCGACAGUCUGUGACCAUCAAAAACACCACCACCAAUACCUUCAGUUUCCCUUGAUUAUGGCUUCGCGUUCCGUUCGCAUCGCUGGUGAGCCAUGAGAGAGGCUGUCCAUUCGGCUCAACGCUGAGUUACCACAGGGGCGUCAGGUUCCGCGUCGGACCGACACUAUGCCAUAGCGGAAUUUGCACGCAAUCAUCCCCGUGACCCGGUGGAUGUAAUCACCGCCGAUUUCUUGAGCGAGGCCAACAUGUCCGCUGGGGCAGCCCGGCGAGUCGACCAGAUCCGGGCGCGGAAUGAACAGGUGCAACCCGGCCGGGGAUCGGCCAGCACUACGCCAGCGCCUGCAUAUGAGCCGUCAUUUUUGCUCGCCCUCGAGCCGGCCUUGGUCGACCUUGCCAAGCACAGGAUCAAACUGGCGGUCAAUGCAGGGAACGCCGAUACGGAGGGCCUCCACGACGCGGUUGUGCAGAUGGUGCAGGCAAAAGGACUGGACCUCAAGGUCGCUUGGGUGUCGGGUGACCAGGUCCUGUUGACCGUCCAAGAGGCGCUUUCGUCGGGCAAAUCCGACUUCAAGAGCAUCUACACCGGCCAGCCGUUAUCCGAGUGGCCCUUCGAGCCGAUCUUCGCGCAGUGCUACCUCGGGGGACUGGGGAUUGCAGCCGCGCUCGCCAAUGGCGCCGACAUCGUCCUCUGCGGACGAGUCUCCGACGCAUCCGCCGUCAUUGGAGCGGCAUACUGGUUCCACGGCUGGCAACGCAGCGACCUGGACCGCCUCGCCAACGCCCUGGUAGCCGGUCACUUGAUCGAAUGCAGCAACUACGUCUGCGGCGGGAAUUUCACCGGGUUCAAGAUGCUCGAGUCCCUCGGCCGCGACGGAUGGACCAACAUCGGGUACCCCAUCGCGGAAAUCUCUCCGCAGGGGCAAGUGAUCAUCACGAUGCAAACCUACGCGACCGGCGGCGCCGUCACGGUCGACACCUGCUCCGCGCAGCUGCUGUACGAGAUCCAGGGGCCCCGCUACCUCAACUCGGACGUCACCGCCCUGCUCGGCGACAUCUCCUUCGAGCAACUCGGCACGAACCGCGUGGCCCUGCGCGGCGUGCGGUCCGCAACCCCGCCCCCGACGACCAAGGUGGGCAUCUCCGCGCGCGGGGGGUUCCAAGCCGAGGCGAGCUAUUUCCUCGUCGGGCUGGACAUCGCCGCCAAGGCGCGCAUGCUAGAGGCGCAGAUCCGCCACGUCCUCGCCCCGUACUCCGACGCCUUCACAGCCCUAACUUUCUCGACCCUGGGGUCCGCGGCCGACGACCCGCGCACCCAGGACAGCGCCACCGUGACCUUCCGUAUCGUCGCGCAGGCCCGCACCGCCGCCGCCCUCGCGCUCCCCCGCUUCCUGUGGCCCAUCACCGACAACAUCAUGCAGGGCUACCCCGGCGCAACCUGGCACCUCGACACCCGCCAGGGCUUGCCCCGCCCGAUCUUCGAAUACUUCGUCUGUCUCUUGCCGCAGACGGCCGUCCAGCACCGCGUGCACCUGCCCUGGAAAACGGGUUCUGGUGCUGCUGGGCCGCAAACCGUAGACAUCGCUCCUCCACCACAAUCACAAGCCGCACCUCCCGCGCAAACGGACCUACCCCCCGCUCCCCCAAUUUCCGGUAAUGCCUCCUACGGCCCAACCAUCCGCGGCCCCCUAGGCUGGAUCGUCCACGCCCGCUCCGGAGACAAGGGCCCCGACGCCAACUGUGGCUUCUGGGUGCGCCAUGCGGACGAAUUCCAGUGGCUGCGGCGGGUGCUGACCGUGCCGACGGUGCGAGAACUGUUAGGCCCGCAGUAUAAUGAUCCCGCCACUGCCGCUUUCCUGCAGGUGGAGCGGUUCGAGCUGCCCAAUCUCCGGGCAGUGCACUUCCUGUUCAGGAAUUUGUUGGACCGCGGGGUGUGCGCGACGGUGACGGUGGAUUUCCUGGGGAAGAAUGUGGCUGAGUUUCUGCGGGCGAGGUUUGUGGAUUUGCCGGUUAGGUUUUUGGAGAGAGGGAAGUUGUAGUUCGCUACUUGUCCUGGGACUAGCAUUUAGAGGGGGUAGAUGUGGGAUUUCAGGUGCAGGGUCCAAGUUGAUGGAUCGGUUUAUAGCUGUGGAAUGGUGUUAUAUAUAGCUGGGAUAUAUGAUAGUACUGUACAUCG